AUGGCGGAAUUCUGGAGCGAUGCCUUGCCACGCAUAGUGGAUAGCGUAGUGGAAGGAUACAGGCUACGCGACAAACAUCAUACGAAAAGCAGCGAUUGUGUGGUGCUCUACUCGUUGUACUGUGGCGUUAAGGGUAUCGAGAGAAGACCUGACCCGAAUCAGGAGGUGCCUGCAGCUGGCGCUAUGAUAGGUGACGAGCAAGACAAGAC